AUGGGUAGUAGACGUGUGAAGAACAAGCAACAAGCUCCGCCAAGUUUGGAAGAGUUCCAGGCUAGAAAGGAGAAAAAACUCAAUAAGAAAGCAAAGAGAGUUAAGCCCGACGGCGAGGAACGCGGUGAAAGCAGGAAAGCAAAGAAGCCAAAGAAGGCAAAGAGUCGUGGAAGGGACGAGGAUGACGAGGAGAAAAGACAUCUGGAACAAUUGAAAAAUGAGGAACAGUCACUUCCUGAAGUGGACUUGAACGAGUUGUCAAAGGCCAAGAAAUCGCUGUUCGACGAAGACGAGGGGGAAGAAGAGGCAGAGGAUGAAGAAUUGCAGGACGAGUUUGAUUUGGAGCAGGAGUACGAGUAUGAUGAUGAUGAGGAGGCGAAUGACGAACAUCCUGUUUUCUCCGAUGACGAGGAUGUGGAUCUUGAGGAGUUGAACGCAGCCAAUAUGGAAGAGAUGUCCAGGAAACUUGAUGAAGAAAACGCCAUGGAGGCUGAAGAAGCUGAAAAGGAAUUGGUUGAAGCCGGGCAGACUCAGCCCAGAGCCGAAGUGCUGCCUACACAGGAGGAAGAGGAGUUGAUGGCUCAGCAACCUCCAGACCUGACCUCCAUCAGAACAAGAAUGAUAGAAAUCGUCAAGGUGCUGGAGGAUUUCAAGAACAUGGCAGCCGAGGGCAGGUCGAGGGCUGAAUACACUGAUAGGCUACUCAAGGAUAUCUGCCAAUAUUUUGGCUACACGCCAUUCCUAGCUGAGAAGCUAUUCGAUCUGUUUUCUCCGGCGGAGGCGAUGGAAUUUUUCGAAGCCAACGAAAUCGCCAGACCUAUCACUAUCAGAACGAAUACCUUGAAGACUAGAAGAAGGGAUUUGGCACAAGCUUUGGUGAAUAGAGGCGUCAACUUGCAGCCAAUUGGUUCGUGGACAAAGGUUGGUUUGCAAAUUUUUGAUUCGCAGGUCCCAAUCGGCGCCACGCCUGAAUAUCUGGCUGGUAAUUAUAUUUUACAAGCAGCAUCAUCUUUUUUGCCAGUCAUUGCCUUGGACCCUCAAGAAAAUGAAAGAAUUCUGGACAUGGCAGCUGCUCCUGGUGGGAAGACUACUUAUAUAUCAGCCUUGAUGAAGAACACUGGUUGUGUGUUCGCUAACGAUGCUAACAAAGCUAGAACAAAGUCUUUGAUCGCUAAUAUUCAUCGUCUGGGAUGUACAAACACCAUCGUUUGUAAUUACGACGCUCGUGAGUUCCCAAAAGUGAUUGGUGGCUUUGAUAGAAUUCUGUUAGAUGCUCCUUGUUCCGGUACUGGUGUCAUCGGUAAGGAUCAGUCUGUGAAAGUGUCUCGUACAGAGAAAGAUUUUAUACAAAUUCCUCAUCUUCAGAAGCAAUUGCUGUUGUCAGCAAUCGAUUCAGUCGACUCAAACUCAAAAACUGGUGGUGUUAUAGUAUAUUCCACAUGUUCGGUAGCAGUUGAGGAAGACGAAAUGGUUGUUGAUUAUGCAUUGAGGAAGAGACCUAAUGUCAAACUUGUCGACGCUGGUUUGGCUAUUGGUAAAGAAGGAUUUACAAGUUUCAGGGGUAAGAAAUUUCACCCAAGUUUAAAGCUCACGAGGAGAUAUUAUCCACAUACCUAUAAUGUGGAUGGUUUCUUCGUUGCUAAAUUUCAGAAGAUUGGUCCCUCUCCAAAUGACAAUAAUCAAGCCACUCCUAGAGAGAAAGAGCUCGCAGCCAGACAAGAGGCCGCAGAAGAGGGAAUUAUUCACUCUGAUUUUGCCAACUUUGACGAUCCUGAGGACGAAAAGUAUAUCAAGAAAUCUCAGAAAAACAGCCUACUCAAGAAGGGCAUCGAUCCAAGGGCACAGAAGAAAUGA